AGUUAGAAUUGGAUUGUCAAAAGUACUGAGCUAAAGCUGGAUUAUACGAACUGGCAACGAAUUUUUUUUCUGUUUAUAAACAUACUAUAAUCACCUUAGAAAUGGAUUCAAAGAACAGGCGUAUAAUUUAUAAAGUUAAUGAUAAGAAAAAAAUAGAUCAUGACGAAUUAAUAACAAAGUGUUUUGAAAUCGGUUCAGACGUGGAAAUGAAAGAAAUUCCCCUAACAGGUGAAGAAUAUCUUCUAAAAGUUAUGACUGAACGUGCUAACGUUGCUGCAGUUACUGUGUGUGAUAAAGACAUUACGCAGUACGCCAAAAACCAAUCUCUGUUUUUCAAAGAGCCUCCUGGGGCGAAAAUCGCACCAGAUAAACUUAAAACUACUAUAGAAUGGCAAAAAAUUCAAAUAGCAGACUUCGCACAAGUUCGGACUUCUAUGGCUAUGAUAAAGACUAACCUUUUAGAGAAAGGAAUUGGGAAAAAAAGAGUGAAACCAAUAGUAAUUCAAGACCAAUCACUUGAAGGUUGGAAAGUAUUUUUUGUAGACCAUGAUUCCACUAUUACAUGUAUGCUGGGCUUUAGCCCUGAACAGUUGCACACAGGUUUAGAAAUGCUUACAGAAAUCUUGAAGGAGGUUCCACCCGGAGACACUAUAGAUCAUAAAAUAGGUCAAUGGAUCUAUGCUUUCUUGGCAUGUUCAAGACACCCUCUACUUUCAGAAACUGUUAGUCUCUUGAGAGAUCUUGCCAGAACUUGUGCUGAAAUAAGGUCGAAUAUAGAUCAAGAAGAAGAAGAUGCGUAUAUGAAGGCAGCACCUAUGAACCUCUUUAUUUGCAUAGUUGCAAGGUACUUUGAACAAUAUGAUUUAGCAGAUUAAUUUUAUUUUAAUAUGAACCUGGAAUAUUGUGUUUGCUUGAUACAGAUUUUAUAACAGUAGUUGUCACUCCGGUAUACAAUACUUAACAGUAUGUAAGCAAUUUCAUCACACAUUGAUAGAAAGAGUACCUACCCCUUUAUGUGGAUAAGAAUGCAAUCAGAAAACUAGGUUUUGUAGUCCGUAACUUCUGGUCCCUGUGUCCACAGGAGUUUAUGCUAUUAAAAUUACAUUGACAUUCGUUUUUGGAUUAAACACAGCCGUUUUUCACCGAUGUAAUCAAAAAGAGUCCAGUCCAGCCGAAUCUUGAGCUACCUUGAGACUACGAAUGACUUUUUUCCAAGUAAUUGGCCAUAUAAUAGUGGAUUCAGGAUUUUGGUUUGUGAGGUGCUUGAACGCAAUGAGUGGAGGUUGAGAUAAGGACCCCAAGAUUUCCAGUGAACUGUUUUUUAUACUACGAGUAUUAGCUUUUAGUGCCCACCCUGAAGCGCCAAUUACAUCCAUACUUCUCGAUAUUGGUCCCGAAUCCUGAUGUUGGCCUGAUUAUCGUUUUACGUUUCACGGAAUAUCAACACAUCGUUUACAAUAUUUGAAAUGUAAAUAAUUCAAUAGUAUUAUGGAAUCUAGACACGCGGUAGCGUGUCCAGCCAAGUUCAAAAAAAGGAACUGGUGACGCAACCGUGUGUAAUAUUACACGAACCAUUUCGAGCUACUUUUGACCCCUUCACAACUUGAAACCUAUUUAACCUACAUACAUGAAACUUGGCACAUUUAUUUAAGCUCCUUAGUUUGUCUAAUUGUUAGUUGCCUGAAAAUAAAUGACAUUUAAUUUAAUUUAAAAUACAAAAUCAUUUUUGACUGACUGACUUAUAGAUCAAAAACCUAACCCACUUCUUACUUUACGUAUACGCUAUUAUAUUUGUCUAUGUUACUUUUCUAAAAACCUGUCGUCAAAAACUAGCCAAGUUAAAUCCUUUAAUAAUUUCAGGAUUUUCUACACAGCACAGAACUUGGCACCCAUAUAGAUCUCAAUUUUUUUGUCGGCGAGUCAACAACGACAUAUAUUCUUAAUAUUGAACUUGGCUCUCAUUUCACAUUUAUGUUUUUGUUGGGAUAUAAUAAUUACAUCAAUAAAUUGCUCUAAUAAUUAGCUUAAGAUAAACCUAUAUCUAAUACCUGUCUUACUAUUCAUUAGUGCUUGUUGCUACGUCUACAUGAAUAAAGUAUAUUAAAUUUGAACUGAACUUGCAUAUUAACCAUUUUUUUACAUUUCAAAUAUUGUUAACGAUGUGCUGAUAUUUGGCGAAACGGAAAAAUAAAAAUACUCUUGCUCGGGCCCGACGUCGGGCCUGAUAACAGGCCUGAAGGCCUGAUAGCGUGGAUGUAAUAGACCGCGAAACAGGAAAGUAUCAAUCCCCUCCCGGGCGAAAACUCGUAUAGUGGUUAACGGCUAUGUAAGAUGAACCUUCGUGGACGACAGCUACCGCUCCGUUGGUGGGAUGAGGAAUGGCAGCCACCAAAACACGUAAAAAAAUUGCCAUCUCCUCCCGUUUGAUACUGUCAGAUGUUAUUUUUAAUUUAAUAAAUCGUCAGCCGGUUAUAUCGCGGUAGCAAGAACGUCAGCUUGUCGCAUGAACAUGUGAAAAAUAACCGCUUUACCUUUUUAUGAUAGCAAUAACAAAUCAUGAAACUUUUCAUGUAGCAUUUCAUCAAGUGAAACGACAUAAACCGUUUACGCAAUUUACACAUUACGCAUAAUUUGCGGACAUAAAGUGGUAAGGCGCGUAUUUUUUACAUGUUCAUGUGAAAGCUGACGGUCUUUUCACCGCGAUACAACCGGCUGACGGUUUUUUUUUUUAAUUUAAAACAGCAUCUAAUUUAUCAUCUGACAAAGUAUCAGUUGGGAGGCGAUGACUGACGAAAUAUGAUCCUUGCCCGCGGUGUAUAAUUGGCUCUUGACUGUUUAUACUUUGCACCAACGGUUUCUGACCAAACUUCGGUUGAAAAGUUACUUAACAGUUGCUAAGCGAUAUGUCCCAUAAUUUAAAGUCAUGAAUACGUCUCCCGAGGUUCCAAAUAGUUUCGUUUGUUCUAGGCUUUGAAAUGCAUAUUGCAUCUACCCUUUAAUAUAUCUCUCACAAGCGGAUGACCACUAAUCAGUUACGGACUGGAAAGAGUACAUAUUACCAGUGUUGGCCGAACGUUAAUUAUAACGAACGGUUACAGUUUACGGGUCAGUUUGUAAUGGUAAAUUUCAAUAUUUUCAAUUCUAAUUACGUUAAUUUCUGUAUCCUAACCCAAGCUCUGUCAAUAAGAACUGUCUUUGGUUUGGGGAAUAUCGGAGAGCUGUCGCAUAGAUGUUCUAGCCAGCACCUGCAAUCGGUCAGCGUCUCUGGGGAAAGGGAACCUUCCCCCAGAGACCUUCUUCAUACGUCGGAAACCUUCGCAUAUUGUUGCUGUCCGUUUGAAGGUAGCGAAAAUUUAGCCUUUGGUAAAGCACAGAACGAUACGAAAGUUAGACGCCCUAGGAGCCAUUUGUUCUCCA